AUGAAGAAAGAAAACAAGCAUAGUGCUGCAGAGACACUGAGUUUAGAGAGGAUAAAGCGGCCCAAACUCGUCCGUGGGCUUGACGACACAGAUGCAGACACAGCCGUUGAUGAGGAUGGCAGUAUGGCGGCAGGCGACAUGGAUGACGAUGAUGAUGACAGUGACUGGGAUGCAGGUGAUAAGAGCGACUGUUCCUCGGACGCCGGCUGCGAUGACGACAAAGAUGAUCACGAAACUUUGGCAACCAUUUUCCAGGACCUGAAAGAACGAGCUGCAAGCAAGAGGGCGAGCCGCGCCACGACCCAACACAGCCCUUCGGUCACAAUAACAGACACAGCAUUCUUUCAGGGAUCACCGCCGCCAUAUACCUCAGGCGUCAGCAGCCCCCUAGAACGCGGCGGAGCUUUUUAA